CUUAUCCGGUACUAUAAAACCUGCCACGAGUUGGCAUUGUGAGGGAGAAUCCAUCUUGAAGGACUGUCUCCGGCUCCGAUAAUUUGAGCAAUAAAGGAUUAUUCAAUCACCAUGUCUGACACCGAGCAGCAGUUCAUGGAAACCUCCGAAAAUGGAAAUGAAGGUGAAGAUGAUCUUAACGGAGCAGAGGCAGCGGAACAGCCAGAACUUGCAGAAGAGCCCGAGGAGCAAGAAGAGGCAGCGGCCGAAACGGCUGCUGCGGAAGAUGAUUCCCAGAACGGCGCUGCAGAAGGCGGACAGAUAAACGCCAGCAAGGGCGAGGAAGAUGCAGGGAAAAUGUUUGUCGGUGGACUUAGCUGGGACACCAACAGGAAAGACCUCAAGGAUUACUUCAGCAAAUUUGGUGAGGUAACGGACUGCACCAUUAAGAUGGACACAAACACAGGACGGUCAAGAGGUUUCGGGUUCAUCUUGUUCAAAGAUUCCUCCAGUGUGGACAAGGUGCUGGAACAGAAGGAACACCGGCUAGACGGGCGACAGAUAGACCCCAAAAGAGCAAUGGCGAUGAAGAAGGAGCCUGUCAAGAAAAUAUUUGUUGGGGGUCUUAAUCCCGAGACAACAGAGGAGAAGAUCAGAGAGUAUUUCGGGCCAUUUGGAGAGAUCGAAUCCAUUGAGCUCCCAAUGGACCCAAAAACAAACAAAAGAAGGGGCUUUGUUUUCAUAACGUUCAAGGAGGAGUCUCCUGUGAAAAAAGUCCUUGAAAAGAAGUACCAUAAUGUUAGUGGCAGCAAGGUAACAAACGGGAAGGACGGCCUUUGUGAGAUUAAAAUCGCCCAGCCGAAGGAGGUGUACCAGCAGCAGCAGUUUGGCGGGCGCGGGGGCGGGUAUGGCAGAGGCAGGGGCCGUGGAGGUGGCGGUCAGAACCAGAACUGGAACCAGGGUUAUAACAACUACUGGAACCAGGGCUAUGGUAACCAAGGAUACGGUGGCUACGGUGGGCAGCAAGGCUACGGAUAUGGAGCCUACGGCAACUAUGACUAUACGUCCGGCUACUACGGCUAUGGCGGAGGCUACGAUUACAGUAAGGACCAGGGCAAUACAAGUUACGGAAAAUCCCCAAGACGUGGUGGCCACCAGAGCAGCUACAAGCCAUACUGAUCGCAUUAUACAUACAGGACUUAGGUGAUUUGAUGCGGGCGCCCGUGGUGGAGCAGACGCCGCGGCCUGGCUUUCCGUGUGGAGUUGGCAGAAUUACAGACUCACGCUCCAUUUGUACAGAACAAUUGCGGAAUCGAGGGGGGAAACCAAUGUCACUUUUCCACUUUUUAUUUUAUAUCGUUUUUGUGUCCAUGCACAUUUCCAGAGAUGGAAGUGUUAUUUUUACUGUACUUUUUGGUACCUUUUUUGAAUAAUGUAUUGUAUGGUUGUAUUUUACAUGUCUGGAAUUACGACAACCAGGAUCGGAGCUACCAGAGCUUUUGAAAUAAACAAUUUUGAGUAA